AUGGAGCACCCCAAAGCCACGCCAUCUCAUUACAAGUUCAAACUCAUGCCCGAGUUCUUUGUAAACUACCACGAAAUCGCCAGACAAAGCCCAAACUCAAAAGUAACCACCCAACCAAGCCUCGGCCUCAUCGACCAACCCUACAGCGAAACAACUAAUACCCAGCCAGACGCAGAACCUAAGAAGCCGUGGGAGCGAUUCGCAGCCUACAUCAGGGAACUAAACACAGAAAACCCAGACAGAGUGACCUACAAGGUCCUUUACCUAACCAGACACGGCCUCGGUGUACACAAUGUCUUCGAAGCAAAAGUCGGCAAAGAAGCAUGGAAUAGCUACUGGUCCCACCUCGACGGAGACGGUACCGUCUCUUGGGUAGAUGCAAAGCUAACAGAAGCCGGCAUUCAACAAGCGGAAACACUGAGCCAAUUCUGGACAGAUGCCGUGGCCACGGAGAACGUGCCAUUACCAGAGUCGCUAUACACGAGUCCCCUGGCGCGAUGCCUUGAGACUGCGCGGCUCGUGUUCUCCAAACCUAUGGGGCAAUUCAGAGAGCAGUUUCAGCCUGUAGUAAAAGAGCUGUUGAGGGAGCGAUUGACGGAUCAUACGUGCGACAAGAGAAGUACACGAACAUGGAUUGAAGGCCAUUAUCCUUCUUACUUAAUUGAGCCUGGGUUCUCGGAAGAAGAUCUUCUGUGGAAACCAGACCGGUGGGAGUCUGUUGAGAAACAUGUUGCGAGGAAGCAGAAGGUUCUCGAGGAAAUUUUUGCGCAAGAUUCUAGUUCGUUUAUUUCUAUGACUGUCCACUCAUAUGCGAUUUCGGCGAUCCUAAGGGCUUGUGGGUAUGAAGAGUUUAGAGUCCGUGAGGGUUCGACGAUUGCCUUGUUAGUUCGUGGAGAGAGGGUUGGAUUAUCCUAA